CACUUCUUUCUUUUCCGCUGUAGACCGGAAUUGGUGCUGUUGGUGAGUAGAGGUUCGGUCCGCUCUCCCCAUCCGCCGCCAUCCGCGAUCGAGGAGUCCGCUGCUCGAAAUGGGCAAAUUCAUGAAACCCGGGAAGGUGGUGCUGGUGCUGGCCGGACGCUACUCCGGACGCAAAGCAGUCAUCGUGAAGAACAUCGAUGACGGCACCUCCGACCGCCCCUACAGCCACGCCCUGGUGGCCGGGAUUGACCGCUACCCCCGAAAAGUGACAGCCGCCAUGGGCAAGAAGAAGAUCUCCAAGAGAUCAAAGAUCAAGUCCUUCGUGAAGGUUUAUAACUACAAUCACCUCAUGCCCACGCGGUACUCUGUGGACAUCCCCUUGGACAAGACCGUGGUCAACAAGGACGUCUUCAGAGACCCGGCCCUGAAGCGCAAGGCCCGCAGGGAGGCCAAGGUCAAGUUCGAGGAGAGGUACAAGACCGGCAAGAACAAGUGGUUUUUCCAGAAGCUUCGGUUUUAGGUGUUUUUUUGUUCCCAUCAUUAAAAAGUUUGAAAAUAAAA